AUGCAGGGAGAUCGUCGGCGUCGGUUUGCCAAGGCGUGCGAUUCGUGCCGCCGAAAGAAGCUCCGCUGUGACGGUGUGCGGCCACUAUGCGCUCGCUGCCAGGAUGCCAACACUCCGUGCCACUACGCCGAUGUUGAUAAGCCCGAGACACGUCGGAGUCGUGCCCGUGAUUCUACCAGGACUCCCCGGCGCCUCGACGAUAAUAGCGGCGUCGGGUCCGGUAUGGGAUCUACAACUCCAAACGUGCACUGGUCUAGUCCUGCGGUCAUCGAGGCUCCAUCCAGCGUAGCUAGCACUUUGCCUAGACGGAGUAACAAUGUUGGACCGACAACGCCCGCCGGAGAAGAUGGGGGUGCAUGUAGUCUACAGUCAGCGCAUCCGGCCGGGACUUCAAGAACACAGGACUCUGCUGGAGACCCUGACACAAUUGUGGGCAGAAAUGUAGAUACACGAUUCUUUGGGCCAGCUUCUGGAAUCUCGCUCGUGUCAAUCAGGGAGAGCCCGCGGGAGUUCGAUCCGUCAAAACGACGUACAACGAAAAGUCGAUUCCAAGAGGGUUCCUGGUCUUCAUGGACACACCCAACAAUUCAAGGGGUGCUCGAAAAACGAGUCAACAGAACUCUACCUUCAUGGACUGAAGCUUUCUCCCUCGUGAGCGAAUUCUUCAGUCAUGAGCAUCAAGCUAUUCCAUGCUUCCACCCUCCCACUUUUAUGACAUUCCUAGGCCAGCAGUAUUCUGGAGCACCUUCCGACAAUCCUGCUUGGUGGGCGUCACUCAAUGCCGUGCUAGCCAUUUCUCAACGCCGCCGUGUUGAGAAUGGCCAAUGUGACCCAAAUGGUGAGGAGUUGGUGUGGGAAUAUGCUGCAAAUGCUCUUGGAAGCACGUUGGACAUUCUCAUGCGCAAUACGCAGUUAAUUUCUGUUCAAGCUCUUCUGUGCAUCGCUUGGUUUUUUCUCGGAACACCUAACCCCCAACCCAGCUUUAUGCUCACAGGAAGUGCCGUCCGUCUGGCUCACUCUAUAGGACUUCAUAAAACUGACCAUGCUGCAUCUAUGGGUUCUAUUGAGCAAGAGACGAGAAACAAGGUCUUUUGGGUUGCUCUGACCCUAGAUCGGGAGCUCUGUCUCCAAACAGGGCGACCCCCUACUCAUGAUCUACAGCACUUUCAUGUUCAAUUACUAGCCGACUUGCUCCAUGACGACUCGGAGAUCAUAACCACUGCGGAUGGCUCAAAAUUGAGUCUCACAAGCUCUCACGCAAAGUUGUGUCUAAUUCAAGACCGCAUAUACAACGAGCUUUAUUCUAGCCAGUCCUCAACUGACACUAGCUGCGUUGUGGAAUCUGUUUCAAAACUCACAGCACAGCUGCAAGACUGGUGCGCAACGAUUCCAGGACUUCGUACAGAUACUCCCAUGUACAAUGGCGAGCAUCACGGGUUGAUACGACUCUAUUAUUCCUACUAUAAUUGCGUGGUGCUGAUUCAUCGUCCCCUUGCCCGCGAAUACUGGCUAUCAUCUAGACCAAUGAUGGCUUCGGACCUGUCGGAGAACAUAAUGAGUUCCGUUCGAGAGUGUCUCGCAGCUGCCCGUGGUAUCUUUCAUCUGCUCCAAGCAAUACCUCAUCAACGGAAGAGCUUCUACUGGGACGUUGUUCCACCUAUAUUGAGCGCAACUAUCAUACUCGCUACCAACGCCAUGCGCAACAACAUAUCUGAUGCCACAAGGAGCGACUUGGAGGCGAUAUCGAAGGUGAUAGAGCUCUUUGAAAACCUGGACCAAAUGAAAAACGAUACAUAUCUUUUUCAAGUACGCACGCUGUGUACAGAGCUGUAUCAAUCUGUGCAACAUGCCUUCAAGUCUUCCGAAGGACAAUCAGCAUCUCAACUGCGACAGCAAGAUUGGGCCGCCCAAAAUGUUGUCACAGGAAAUCACCACCAAUCUGAUAUCAUGCAAGUAGAACAAUCAUUCCAAGGACGGACAAUGCCAGGCAGUAAUUUCUUGCCCAUGCUGCCUGGGAUUGAAGGGGGCAAUGCCGCUGUAGGAAUAGAGCCCGAGUCGGAAAGAAAUCCAUCCGCUGCAAACGCUUGGCCGCCAGGUAUACUUUCGUUUCCGGAUCUUAGUCCUUGGGGCAUGGACAUACUUUCUGGCGGUUUGUUCGCACCCUUUCCCUUGGACCAGGAAUAG